AUGAACGUCCCUCUUUCAAGUGCCGUCGAAUACCUUUACGAAGAAUCAGGCAUUCUUUUGAAAAUGGCAGUAUUCGUACUGUUUAUCUAUGCUCUUCUUCCAAAGCCUACCUACAAAACAAAUGUCAAGGUUCCCACAAUCAAGUUUGUGAGCCCUUGGCUUCCAGAAAUCUUCAGUCGUCUGCUUUUCAAUUCCUACGCGCCAUCCGUAAUCUACGGUGGAUAUGCUAAGUACAAAGCGUCUGGUUAUAAGAUUUUAAAGCCUGAUGGAGACCUUGUUGUUCUCCCAACUAAGUAUGUCGAAGAACUUCGGCAAUUGCCGGCAUCAACCUUGAAUGCCCUGGAGGCAACAUUUUCGGAUCAUGUUGGCGAAUACACGACUAUUCUGACAGACAGCCACCUGCACACCGAGACGAUACAAAAGCGAUUGACUCCGGCAAUCGGGAGACUCAUCCCGAGAAUUACCUCCGAGUUGGAAUAUGCGUUCCAAGUCGAACUGCCGAGUUGUGAGGAUCGCUUUGUUGCAAUCAAUUCAUACGAAGUAUUCCUUCGUCUCGUUGCUCGGGUGGGUGCUCGCAUAUUCAUCGGCGAUGAGCUGUGUCGCGAGGAAAAAUGGAUUGAAGCUUCAAUCGAGUACACCAAGAACAUAUUCUUAACCAUUGCCUUGAUGCGCCCUGUGCCUGGCUUUCUCCAUCCCAUAGUCGGACGGAUGCUUCCCAGCAGUCGACGCCUCGACAAGCAACUGUCAUACAUUCAAAGCGAACUUCUCGGUCCUCUGAUUGCCAAGCGCCGAAAUAUGGAGGCAACCUCCGACCCUCAUUAUAAAAAACCUGAUGAUUUUCUUCAGUGGAUGAUGGACCUGGCAAAGACGGAGACAGAGUCACAACCUUCCAAUCUGGCUCAUCGGCUGCUUGGCCUGACAAGUAUGGCCGUCGUCCAUACCAGCGCAAUGAGUAUGACCCAUAUCUUGUACGACCUUCUAGUGAUGCCGCAAUGGAAAAAGCCGUUACUCGACGAGGUUUUGACCCAACUUCCCGAAUGGGGAAGCAUUUCCCAAGCCAACCUCAACAAUCUCAAGAUUAUGGACAGCUUCUUGAAAGAAUCACAGAGGUUCAACCCUCCUGGUGAACUCUCCUUCCACCGCGUCGUGAAACAGGAUCUGACUUUAUCUGAUGGACUGUUUCUUCCCAAAGGGACUCAUAUAUGUAUGGCGUCGGGUCCCAUUUCGCGUGAUCCCGACGUGAUUGAAAACCCGGCAGCUUUUGAUGCAUUCCGCUAUACGAAGCAAAAUGCCCAAACCUCAGGGUUUGUGAGCACGGGUUCUCAGCACAUGCAUUUUGGCCUAGGUCGAUAUGCUUGCCCCGGGAGAUUUUUUGCAUCCUUCGUAAUGAAGUUGGUACUCAGUCGGUUUUUGAUGGAUUAUGAGUUCAAAUUUGCCCCCGAUCAAACAAAACGACCGGAUAACUUGCUGAUUGGGGAUAAAAUUGUCCCAAAUGUAUCGACGGCAAUAUUCAUCAAGAGAAGGGCUUCUUCGAUCUAG